GAGAGGCUCUUGUGGCGUUGUUGCUGCGACUUCAGCGACAGACCCCGAGCCCUGGUCCCUUCCAAGUUUUUUAUUGGAUUGUAUUUUAUUAACAAUGAAAGGGAAGAAAGGAAGGAAGGAAGGAGGGAUACACGGAGGAAGAAGGAGCUAAGGAAGAGAGGAAACAGUUUCGAAGCCGCUGAAGAGGGAAAGAAGAAAGAUCCAGGGAGCAGCAGCCUUUGCGAGAGAGAGAGAGAGAGAGAGCGCAAGGCAAGGCGCGCCAGGGGAGCGGUGGCCCCCCUUUUCCCUUCUUCCUUUCCUCCUCCUCCUCCUUCUCCUUUCUCCCGGGAAGACCUCCUCGCCCGCCCUGCCGUGGGUCAGCCAGGUGCCCCCUUCUUUCCCUGCCCAGGGGAGCUGUGGGGAAGGCGCACAUCGCCGCCUCCUCCUUUGCGCGCUUGGAAAGGAGGCUGCCAGGCUCCAUCCUCCCGGGGCCCAAAGGCAGGAUGCCAUGCCCCGCAGCCACAGCGGAGGAGACGACGAGGAAGGCGGCGGCAGCGGCGGCGGCGUCUCCGAGGGGCUCUGGCUGAAGAGCAGCCCCUCCGCCAUGAAGGAUGUGGAGUCCGGCCGGAGCAGGGUGCUCUUGAACUCAGCCCCGCCGAGAGGGGACGGACUGCUCCUCUUGGGCACCGCCACUGGCGGCGGGGUGCCCGGUCAGGGCUCGCGGGAGAGCCGGCGAGGCAAGCAAGGCAGGCGAGCCCGCAUGAGCCUCCUGGGGAAGCCGCUCUCCUACAGCAGCAGCAGCCACCCGGUCUACCGGCGCAACGCCAAGUACAGGAAGCUGCAAAACUAUCUCUACAACGUCCUGGAGAGACCCAGGGGCUGGGCCUUCGUCUACCACGCGUUCGUGUCCAGUCAUCUUCAUUCCCACUUUGAACAUCUACUUAUAAGAUCUGAAGUAAAUGGCCUAAACAUCAUGGUCAGUGCUGGUAAUAUCACAUCAACUCUGGAAAUCCACUGAAACCUGGAGCCCGAGGACAAAGGUCCAGGUGAGUACUGUUUUUAGUAUAUUGUGGUGUU